AUGCAAUUCUCCAUAUGGACCAUCUACUCUUUGGCAGUAGCGCUUAUCUACGUAGAGCUACCUGAGGCACAUACGCAGUUCCUCAAAACAGCUUCGAAUCGAACAAAUGUGGUAUGUCGUUUUUUUUUGAUUAAGCCGUUUUGGGUUGCAGUGGGUUGUCCUCCAAUAUCGCCUGAAUCUUUUCCAUUGAAGAUCUUGAUUGGACACAUUGGAGCGAUUGGAGCUAUGCCAAACUACGAAAAGGUCCUGGAUCUUGCUAGGCAGGAGCUUCUCGAUGACGGAACGCUUGAGAUGAUCAUCUCACGCAAUGGAUGUGGAGAAGCCUUCGAGGGAGUGGCCGCAGCCGCUGAUCUUUACCACAUCGAACACAUCAAUGCAUUCCUUGGACCAUACUGUAAUGCUGGUAAGCUCAAUCAAUUUUCGUUAGCGGCUAGAAAAUAUAACUAUGAGUUCAGAGCCUAG